AUGAAGUUGCACACCGCCUACGGCAUCCUUGUCGCCGUCGCCUGUUGCGCCGCUGAAGGCGGCGCUGCCCCCAACCCGGCCAAGGGCUUAGCCCACUUCUCCCUGUCGUUGGUCACCAGAGAGCAGCUGGACGAAGUGAUGAAGCUGUUGAACCAGAUUGCCGCUCUCACCAAGCAAAAACGGGACGAGUCCGACGUUGAUUUUGCUAAACGCGCCGACACCGACUUGGGCAACUUGAUCAUUGCCAUUCUCAACUCCGGCUGGGUCGGCCAAGUUAUCGACACCAUCUCCAACGACCCUGAGCUUAAGGGCGUCAUCUCCACGAUUGCCAAGGGCAUCGUCGACGCCGUGGUCGGCAACUUGUGGCCGCUCCUCAAGGCGAUCUGGAACUCUGGUCUCAUCGGCAAGACGAUCAAGACGUUCCUCAACGACUCCCAGGUCACCAGCGCCUUGCUCAAGAUCGUUGGCGACGUCGUGAGCUUGAUCUUCAAAUGGAUCGUUGGUCUCUUCACUGGCGGUUCGCUGUCGUCGGGCACUUCUACUGCCUCGACCGCCGCCGCUCCCGCUAACCCUGGUGCCACCACCACCACCGUGCGUGCCGCUCCUCCCGCCGCCACUGGCGCCCCCGCCAACGCCUCCACCUCCACUGGCGGUAACUUCCUCGACGAAUUGUUCGGCGGUGGCAACGGUGCUACCACCACCACCAGAACCACCACUCCUCUUGGUACUGCCCAAACUACCGGUACCGGUGGUAACUUCCUCGACGGCCUUUUCGGUGGUGCCGGCUCCGGCGCCGCUACCACCACUACCGCGCAAGGUACUGGCGGUAACUUCCUCGACGGUCUCUUCGGCGGUGGUUCCAGCGCUUCCCACAGCACCCAAAAUGCCGCGGCGGCUCCUACCGUCUCCAACAACAACGCCGUGCUCAACAGUCUCUACGGCGCCUACGGCACUGAUGGUGGUGUUGCUGUUGCCACUGGCCCCGCCACCGUUGCCGUUUCUGCCGGUGCUGCUGGCGCCCAGUUGCUGGUGGCCGCUCCCGGCAUCACCGCUGCUGCCACCGUCGACAACUCCGACCCUCAAGUGAACAACGACCCCGCGGUGUUGCUGUCGCUUGCCGCCGCCUACGGCCAACACAAGCGUGCCGCUGCUCCCGAAGCCGAAUAUCUCACCGAGCGUGAAGUGCAAGACAACGUCGACGCCGUUGUUGCUCAAUUGAAGCAGCUGGGUCUCGUGGAACAAUUCCUCAAGAAGUUGACUCUGGACCCCAACCAGGCGCUGGACUUCUUGUCGCAGGUGUUGGCUAAGUCGAUCGUGUCGUUGGACGAACUCUACGGGUGGGCCAAGGACAACGGCCUCGUCGACCUGAUGUUGCUGCUGUUGCAACUGCUGGGCAACCAGUACGCUCAACUGUUGGGCAACUACUUGCAGAAGAACGGUGGUUCUUUGGAAGGCGCCAUCUCGCAAUUAUCGGCGCAACUUGGUGGUCUGAGCUCGGGGUCGCUGGCUAGCGCCCUGGCUGCUCCUUCGACCGCCCCGACUACCGCUCCCGCUGCUGCCGCUCCUGCUGGCACCACCGCCGCCCCCGCUGCUGCUCCCGCUGCCGCCACCACCGCUCAAGGCGGUGUUGCUGGUGGUGUCAACGCCAUCUUCGAGCUGUUGAAGGCGGCGUACGGCAACAAACCCGCGGCGACGACGUUGUACCAGAAGAGAAUGUUGUACUAG